GACCAAAAACCAGAGAAACAAAAACAUUGGAACAAAAUAUUUUCUUAGAAAAAAAAUUAUGGGUUUUUGCUUCUCCAAAUUUUGCAAAUCACAAACCCAUGAGAUCCCAAUCUCUUCCUCUUCCGAUUCUAGCCCUCCUCAUCACUACCAACCUCUCCCUAAACCAACUGUUUCUCAAGCUCAAACCAGUAAUCCCACCUCCAAUCCUCAGCCCAAACCCAAACCGGCUCCUCCUCCUCCUUCAUCCUCCUCCGGUUCACACAUCGGUCCAAUCCUAAACCGACCAAUGAUCGAUCUCUCAGCUCUCUACGACCUCCACAAAGAACUCGGCCGUGGCCAAUUCGGAAUCACUUACAAAUGUACAGACAAAUCCAACGGCCGAGAAUACGCCUGCAAAUCCAUCUCAAAACGUAAACUCAUACGUCGCAAAGACAUCGAAGACGUGAGACGUGAGGUCAUAAUCUUGCAACACCUCACUGGUCAACCAAACAUCGUCGAGUUUCGAGGUGCGUAUGAAGACAAAGACAAUCUUCAUUUGGUUAUGGAGCUCUGUUCUGGAGGAGAGCUUUUUGAUCGUAUCAUCAAGAAAGGAAGUUACUCUGAGAAGGAAGCUGCUAAUAUCUUCAGACAGAUCGUUAAUGUUGUUCAUGUUUGUCAUUUCAUGGGCGUUGUUCAUAGAGACUUAAAGCCUGAGAAUUUCUUGCUUGUUAGUAAUGAAGAAGAUUCUCCCAUCAAAGCAACAGAUUUUGGACUCUCUGUUUUCAUCGAAGAAGGUAAAGUGUAUAGAGAUAUAGUUGGGAGCGCAUACUACGUUGCACCUGAAGUUCUACAUCGAAACUACGGGAAAGAGAUCGAUGUAUGGAGUGCAGGUGUCAUGCUUUACAUUCUUCUCAGUGGUGUUCCUCCAUUUUGGGGAGAGACCGAGAAGACUAUAUUUGAGGCGAUCUUAGAAGGCAAGCUGGAUCUUGAAACUUCUCCUUGGCCUACUAUAUCAGAAAGCGCGAAAGAUUUGAUUAGAAAAAUGUUGACAAUAGAUCCUAAAAGAAGGAUUACCGCAGCUGAAGCACUUGAGCAUCCAUGGAUGACAGACACCAAAAUAUCAGAUAAACCAAUCGAUAGCGCUGUUCUGAUUAGGAUGAAGCAGUUCCGCGCAAUGAACAAGCUCAAGAAACUUGCCUUGAAGGUGAUAGCGGAAAACUUAUCGGAAGAAGAGAUAAAGGGAUUAAAGCAAAUGUUUAAGAACAUGGAUACAGAUGGAAGUGGCACCAUCACUUUUGAUGAACUAAGAAGCGGGUUACAUCGUCUUGGAUCUAAGCUUACAGAAUCUGAAAUCAAACAACUCAUGGAAGCUGCUGAUGUGGACAAAAGUGGGACGAUUGAUUACAUUGAGUUUAUAACUGCAACAAUGCAUCGCCAUAGAUUGGAGAAAGAAGAGAAUUUGAUAGAAGCAUUUAAAUUCUUCGACAAAGACAGAAGCGGAUUUAUCACAAGGGACGAGCUUAAACAUUCCAUGACUCAGUAUGGUAUGGGUGAUGAUGCGACCAUAGAUGAAGUUAUCGAUGAUGUUGAUGCGGACAACCUGCCGAGUUUCUCGUUAACCUCCGUCAAAUCUCUUCGUUAUCCUUCUUCUUCUUCUUCGUCUAUCUCUCUCUUCUUCUCCUUCUUCCCUAGGGUUUCGAAUUUCGUCAGAGCAAGUUCCGGAAUCCCCAAUUUGGUCGCCUGUAGUCCGACGGAGAUUAUCAUCCCCAGAGUUAAUAACGCCGGACUCAGAAUCGAGGAGACAGUAGACGUCGCGAAAGGGAAGAUUCGUCUUGAUUCGUGGAUUUCUUCUCGUGUCAAUGGCGUUAGUCGAGCUCGUGUCCAGUCCAGUAUACGAUUGGGACUCGUUACCGUCAAUGGUCGAGUCAUUGAUAAGGUUUCUCACAAUGUCAAAGCAGGUGAUGAGGUUAAUUGUACAAUAUCAGAGCUUCAACCUUUGAAAGCUGAAGCUGAAGAUAUACCAUUAGAUAUAGUUUAUGAAGAUAAACAUGUUCUUGUUGUUAACAAACCAGCUCACAUGGUUGUUCAUCCUGCGCCUGGGAAUCCUACUGGCACGCUUGUUAAUGGCAUACUUCACCAUUGCAGUCUUCCUUGUGUUGAUUAUUGGAACGCGGAAGAUGAUGAUUCCGAUGAAGAAACUUUUUCAGAUGAUGAAGAGAUGACGACUUCUUCUAGUUCAUAUGCUACUUCUGUUCGUCCUGGUAUUGUUCAUAGGCUGGAUAAAGGCACAACUGGAUUGCUUGUUGUAGCCAAGGAUGAACAUUCUCAUGCCCAUUUAGCAGAACAGUUCAAGCUACACACAAUUGAGAGAGUAUAUGUAAGUCUUACUACUGGAGUUCCUUCUCCACCACAGGGGCGUAUUGAGAUACCGAUUGGUCGUGAUUCGAGUAAUCGGAUACGUAUGGCUGCUAUACCUGGAGGAGUAAGUGGUGGAAGAGCCCGCCAUGCUGCUAGUAGGUAUAAGGUAAUCGAAACAUUCGCUGGAGGUGGCUCUGCAUUGGUUGAGUGGAGACUGGAAACCGGCCGUACACAUCAGAUACGUGCUCAUGCUAAGUAUAUGGGAGUUCCUCUAUUGGGUGAUGAAGUGUAUGGUGGAACAAAAAGCAUGGCUCUUUCUCUUCUGCAGAAAAGAGUCUCCCGCAGUGAUCAAGAAGAGAUCGUAGAACUGAUUUCCAGAAUGGAUAGGCCUUGCCUUCAUGCCAUUGUUCUCGGCUUUACACAUCCGUGCACUGGGGAAAUUGUAAAGUUUUCAUGUCCACCGCCUUCAGAUCUUGCAGAGAUAGUAGGCUUGCUUCGUAGAAGCGGAUUAGAAAAAGUAAAAUAAUCUCUCGAGACAACGAGACAUGCCUCAUCUAAAC